AACGUUAUUUCUUUUUAAAACUCGUACGCCAAGCAUAAAAUAAACAUGUAAAGCUUUAGUGCUUUGUCUUCAAUUAAGAGAAAACAUAAAGAUGGCAAAGAUUAUUUUCGUGGCAUUACAUUUACUGUUCUAUGUAAAUGCGAGACCGUUCAAAAGUCCUGACUUUGUGAGCCAAUGGUUUUAUCUCCAGUCCAUUCCGGGUCGUGAACGGAUAGAUGUGUUCCAUCAUCUUGGUGAAGUUCCUGAUCUGGUUCAAGUUCAAGUCCGCAGUAUCUCCAGUAACAAUCCUGGCUUCAUAUUCCCUGCUAUUGGAAUUGUUCCACGUGAUGAUGACGAGAUUGAACCAAGAUCCGGUAUUGUUUAUUUAUAUAACGAAAAGAUGGUUACGAUUUCAGCACAGAGCAAAAACAAUCAUUAUCAAGGAAGGACAAUAUAUACCGAAAAUUCAAAUUAUUGGGAAGGCCCAAACAAUGACGACUCAUUUGAUUGUUAUGUAAGAGUGAGAGCAUGGAAAACGUCUUCAAUGCCUGUCCCGGACUUUCAAAUGAAAAAUAUAAAAAUACAUGCAGCCUGUGAAAAAGGUACAGACUGCUUCUAUGAGAAAUACCACGGUCUGAAAGAAUAUCCCAGUAUGGUUAUUGUAAGAACCAAGUUGCUUGAUGUUAAUUCAGAAUUUCAUGGAUUUAUUUCUGAUGCUGUUGGAUCUGGAAUGAUGGUAUACGAAAAUAAUCCAAUUAAAAGAAAUGGAUAUGUUACUUACGGAUUUGACUUUGAGAGGUUUCGGAUAUGGACAGAUUCUUCUGAAUAUGGCUAUGUCUUCUACGGCGAAGACGGUACUAGAAUAACAGGCAAUUUUAGAUCGGGUGAAUUGGAGAUUUUAGCAUGGCGAUCGUCUUCCCUCACGCCGACCAUAAAAGAGACGAUUCAGCUUGGUGUAUCACCUGGUGUAGCUUUCGAUAAGGACAAAUCUAUUCCAGAUCUGUCCACAACAGAGGAUAUCAUUGUGAAUCUAUGGGUAAAGUAG